AUGUCGACACAAUAUCUGGACACAAGAAGGCUUUUGGACAACAAUCAACUUAGUGGCAACAUCCCUUCAACGCUAGGAUCUGUGCAGAAGUUGGAAGCGCUACGUCUUGACGGGAACUUCUUAAGUGGGUCUGUACCAGCAAACCUCUACAGCCUUGUACAUGUCCAAGAGCUGUUCUUGUUGAACAAUCAACUGACUGGCCCCUUGCCCAAUCUUACGGGCAUGGCCUCUCUCAGCUACAUGUCUAUUAGCAAUAAUUCUUUUAAUGUGCCAGAUGUUACUGCAUGGUUUUCAACCUUAAAAUCUUUGACAGCAUUGACAACAUUAAGGGCUUUGAUUAGUGCUUACCUUAAAAUGAGUAGCAAGAGGUGA